CGCUGAUGUUUUUCACUCCCGUAGAAGGAAAAUAUCUGGAAUGUGUGUAUACAAGUAAACGGGAGGAUUCCUACAUUUUCUACGGCACAAUGAAUGGUCCGCCAUCAAGGUCGUUCGUCUGCUAUCACAAUCUAUAUAUACAGAUAACCCCGCUUUGUUACUGCUACAGUAUGUAUAGCGGAUGAUAUUUGGUGAAGAAUAGUGGGAUUGGGUGAGAAACAACAAAACCAUGGCUGAGGGAGGAGGCAGUGAUAGCGAUGAUAAUAGCAUGGCGAAUGCAAAAGACUGGGAGAUGAUCUCUAUUGCUGCUUCUUGUACAAGUGAGGUUUGUACAGAGCCUUCUGAUUAUCCAGAUGAUUUCAUUUUCCCCCCGAAACUCCACGAAGGUCUGCCGAUUGAAACAUCCCAAGGCUCCGGCAUUGUGAAUUCUCGAUUGGGUUUUAAUGAUUACGCUGAUGGUUUUGAAGAAAAUGAUAAGAACGAGAGCCCCAGAGGUCGCGGGGUGGAAUCAUUAAAAUUUGAAGCGCCCGAAUUCUUUAGCGAAGUGCAGGAUUUGGGUGUUUGUCAGAAUGAAGGAGUUUGCGAUUCGGAAGUUGGGGAGAAUUUUGUGUUGGAGAAUGAGGAGGAAGUGCUGGUAAAUUCUAAAAAUAUGGGAGAAUAUUUAGAACCGUACGAUAUUUGGGGUUGGGGUUUUAGGAGUGGGGUUAAGGGUUUUGUUGAUUGUGAAGACUGGUGGAAGAGGCAGGUGGAUCGGCUGGGGCAGCCCAAUACGCUGUGGUCGAUUGCCAUGGCUGCUGCUCUGGUAGGUGUUGUGGUUUUGGGGCAGAGGUGGCGGAGUGAGAAGUGGAAGAAUGUGCAGAUAAGGCAGCAACUCUGUGCCAAUGACGAGAAAAUAAGUGAACUCUUAUGUCAAGUUGCACAGUUGAAAGAUGCAAUUUCUGGUCGGCAAAAAGUGACGGUGGUAAAGAGUGGAUUUUCAUAGAAUAUAUUCUCUGAUCAUCAGUCAAGGUGGCUGGCAUACGCUGGCUCUAAAUAGAACGAAUUCUCUUAUCAUCAAUGCCAGGGUGACGCUUUACACCGAGACAAAUCAUAAUUUUGAUGCUGCAUGCUUCAGUUUGAGCAAGGUUGAUUAAUCGUUUGUUUCUUAUGCUUACGAACUUUUUUUGGACCAUGCAAAAGAGAUCUGGACGGCUUUUAUGCUACCUAAUCUUGACAUCUAGCUUUGGUAAUAUAUUAGAUUGUCAAAUUUGCAUGCAGUGUUUAGUCUAAUGUCAAAAGCAAGUGAGUUUGACUAAUUUGUAAAUAGUCACAGUAAUAUGUUUUGAUUUAUAUAAAAGUUAUAAUCUUAUUUUUCUAUAA